AUGGCGACACUUUCAUCAUUGCUAGCUAUUGGCUUUCUUACUGCCUCAGCGUCAGCAGCCGCCCCUUACAACCAGUAUAUCUUAGCACCCAGUUCUCGUAGACUUCAUCCCGUCUCAGUGCACCAGAUCAACGGCUCGGUUGUCAAUGCUGCAUCCGUACUGGGCGGGUCCACUGGAAGUGCAGUUUUCAACAACGCGGCCGCCGUCACGUAUGACUUUGGAAAGAAUGUCGCUGGUCUGGUAACUCUACAGAUUGGCAAUGUAUCGGCAGGCCAGUUCAUCGGCCUUACGUACACCGAAAGCAGCCUCUGGAUCAGCGGCGAGGGUUGCGAUGCUACCCAGGACGCUGGCAUUGACGAAGCCCUCUGGUUCCAGCCAUCGGGACCUGGCAACUACAGUGUGUCGAGAGAGCAUGAGCGUGGCGGCUUCCGCUAUCUGAGCUUGCUACACAACACCACUGGCUUUGUGAAUGUUCAGGGCGUCACUGUGCAGUUUACACCGAUGCCGCACUGGCGGGAUGACCAGUUGCAGGCGUACACUGGCUAUUUCCAUUCUAACGAUGAGCUGCUGAACCGUAUCUGGUACGCCGGGGCUUACACCAACCAGAUAUGCACGAUUGACCCUACGCGCGGCAACAGCCUCGUCCAUCUUGGGGUACUGAACUCGACGCAACUGGGCAACGUGACUGGGCCUGACUCAUGGUAUCUCAAUUACACCAUUGCGAGCGGCUCCUCAGUUCUUGUGGACGGCGCUAAGCGUGACCGACUGGUAUGGCCGGGCGACAUGAGCAUCGCCGUACCAAGCAUCACCGUAUCGACCUAUGAUUUGGUGACCAUUGCCAACUCGUUAGACUCGCUGUUUGCGCUACAGAACAAGACGACAGGCCUUCUACCUUACGCAGGAGCUCCGUUUCCGCUUCAGUACUCGCCAACGUACCAUUUAUACAACCUGAUAGGCGUAGCGGACUAUUACCUCUACUCUAAUGACUUAGCGUACCUCCAAGGUAAAUGGUCUGAUUGGAAGCUCGGUCUGAAUUUCUCACUAUCGUUCAUCGACAGCAGCGGCCUGUUCAAUGCAACAAGCUCGGCGGACUGGCUUCGCUUUGGCAUGGGCGGACACAACGUAGAAGCGAACAGUAUCCUGUACUAUACCAUCAAUCAAGGCAUCGCAUUGGGCCAGGUACUCAACGAGUCGUCGUCAUUGCUGAACUCGUGGGCGCAGAGGGCAGCCGGCAUCAAGGCCUCUGCCAAUCGCUUGCUCUGGAACGACACCGCCGGCAUGUACCGCGACAACGAGACCACCACCUUGAUGCCGCAAGAUGGCAACUGCUGGGCUAUUCUUGCCAACUUGACAGCCAACUCGUCACAAAUCACACGAAUCUCAUCAGCACUGGCUGCACGGUGGGGCCCAUAUGGCGCUCCCGCGGUCGAAGCCGCAAACGCCGUUUCACCUUUCAUCUCAGGCUUCGAACUCCAAGCCCACAUGCUGGCGGGCAACGCGACCGCAGCAUUAAAGCUCAUGAGGCUAGAAUGGGGCUUCAUGCUGGACGACCCGCGCAUGACCAAUUCGACCUUCAUCGAGGGCUACUCCAGCGAUGGCAGCCUGCACUAUGCACCGUAUACGAACGAUCCCCGUGUGAGUCACGCGCACGGAUGGGCCACCGGGCCUACAUCUACGUUGACAUUCUAUGUUGGUGGGAUUCACCUGCUCUCGGCGGGCGGUAGCACCUGGCAAAUCAGUCCCAUGCUGGGCAACCUUACAUCGGUCGACACCGGCUUUCAAACCACUCUAGGCAGCUUCACAAGCCAGGUCAAUGCUUCGAGCGGUGCUAUCACUGGGUUGAGGUUUGCAACGCCGUCCGGAACAACGGGAUCGGUGAGCCUGCCCGGCGUCAGUGGUAGCUUGAGAGCUACUAACGGCGCGACUGUUGCGUUGGCGAAUGGUAUGGCAAGCAAUCUUACUGGUGGGACCUGGACUUUGCAAGUCAAUGGCAGCAAAACCGUAAGCAACGGGACUUCGACAAGUUCUAGUACCACGACCGCUACCCCAGCCACCUACACCGGGAGCGCAGGAUCUGUGUUUGUGAGCUGGUUGACACUCGCGGCAGGCUGGGUAGUGACCUUCAUCUGA